AUGUUCUUUUCACAAAUUGUUUUAGCAAAGAGAGGUGCCCUCGGUAAAAUUUGGUUAGCAGGUCAUUGGGAUAAAAAAUUAGCAAAGAAUGUUGUUUUUAAAACAAAUAUUCCUAAAUCAGUUAAAAUUAAUAAAGAAAUUAAUAAAAAAAAAAAAAAAAAAAUAGAAACAAUUUUAAAUCCACAUUCACCAAUGGCACUUCGUAUGACUAGUCAUUUACUAUUAGGUGUCGCAAGAAUUUUUUCAAAAAAAGCAAAAUAUCUUCUAAGUGAUUGUACAGAAGCAGUAAUUAAAUUAAAAGGUUUAUCAAAAACAAUUUCAAAGAUUGAUUUACCUUCUGAACAAGAUCAUCAAGCACUUUUAACAUCUGGUCCACGUCAAACUGAUAAACCACAAGUUUACCAAGAGGUCGAUAGAUUUUUAAGAAAUAUUGAUAUUAGAGAUUUGGUAGUAGAUCCACUUUAUGAUCCAAAUAAAUUAGAACCAACAGAAAAGCCAGAUUAUAGUGAAUUUUUUGGAGUUGCAGAUGAAGCAGUAUUGGGAAGUGUUCAAACACCAUCUAAUGAGGGUAAUAAUAAUUUAGUAUUUGAUGGUACAACUACAGUUACACCACAAAGUGAUAGAAGAUUUAAAUCUGAUGAACUCAGAGAAGCAGAAUAUAAUACAAUGGUAUCAACACCAGAUACUGGCUUACCUUUUGGUCAAGGUAAAACUCCAAAAACACCAGACUCUGUAAAGAGUAAUAUCGAUAUUUUAAUAAGUGAUAAUCAAAAUCCAUUAUUCAAUUAUUCUGCAACAACACCAUUACCAAAAUCACAAAGAGAGUUAAUGGAAGAUGCAGGUAUGGUUACAUUUGAUGAAGGUAUGAAUAUGCCACCACAAGAUGAUGGUGGUGGUGAUGAUCAACAACAUGUCGAUAUUGGUAUGCGUCAUGGUGAUGACGAUUAUCCAGCUUAUACAGGUCCAGAAACUCAUGAUGAUGAUCAACAACCACAUCAAGAACAGUUUGAUGAAAAUGGUAGACCUAUAACACCAGCAAAAUCAGUUACAACUGAUAAAACCGGUGAAGAAGAUACAACCACCACUACUGCAUCAGUGGGAGGAGCAACAACAGAUAAUAAUGUUGCAACUGAAGAGAAAACUGAAUUUGAAAUUCAACAACUUCAACAACAAUUAUUAUUAGAGAAACAAAAGGAAGAACAAGUUCAAAAAGAUAAACCAAAGACUAGAAGAUCUAGAGUUUUAGGUAGUACAUUAAGUGAUAAAGAUAUUAGAAAAUUUAAGAAUACAAGAUCAUUGGUAGUGGAAAGAUCAUUAUUACCAUCAAGUUUAAAUCUUGUAAUUACAAAAUCCAAAGAGAUACCAGCAAAACAACAAAUGUUAACAGCAAUUCGUAAGAAUAUAUCUAAUACUUUCCAUAGAAUGUAUGGUGAUUUACUUGAUAAUAGAUAUCCAAAGGUCAUCAACAAAGAUGAAGAUCCAUAUUUUUCAUUUUUACGUUCACGUUUAAUGUAUGGUAGAAUGUUAAAGAAUGAAGAAUUAUCAAUGUCAAUGGCUGCCGAUGGUGUAUCAUCAUUGGAUUUGGGUAUACCAAACUUUGAAGAUUUAGAAUUGGUCGAUGAUGAAAAUCAAGAGAGAAAAGUUGAAGAAGCAUUUUUAAAAUCAAUAAAUAAUCGUGUCAUCACUGAGAGUGGUAAUUUAAUUGCACCAAGUGAAAGAAAGAAACUAAAAACUCAACCACUUACAGAUGAUGAUAAAGAUUUAAUCAAUAGGUUAAGAACUGAAUUUGAUGAUAGAAGUAAGAAUAGAAAAUCAUUAUUUUAUAAACCAGAUAUAAAUCAAACUUUAAGAGGUAUGGGUGCAUUUGGUGGUGGCGACGGUGGUGGUGAAAAAUCAAUUGGUUCACCUGAUGGUUCAACUGAUUUCUUAAAGAGAGCAAAAGAAAAAGAAGAGGAAGAAGAACGUUUAAGAAGAGAAGAAGGUGAUAUGGGUCAACAUUUUAUGCAUGGUGGUGAUGACGAUCAUCAAGGUAUUGGUUUAGGUUAUGAUCAAGAGGAACAGCCUGGUUUCGUUCAUCCAGGUGAUUUGGGUGAUGUACCAGAGUACAGUUUCGAAUCAGCUCAAAGACCAAAUCAACAAGCAUAUCAAAGAGAACAUGAAGAAGAAAAGAAAAUUUUAUCUCAAAAAACUGCAAAUAUGCAUUCAAUUUUAAGUGAUCAUUUUGAAAAGAAAGAAACUAUAAACUUUUUACAAGAUAUCGUUAGACCUCAACAAGCUCAAAAUCCAAACAAUACUAGAUUGGUUGCAGCUUGUUACUUUUAUGAAUUAUUGGUUUUAAAAACCAAAGUAUUAGUAAAUUUAGAACAACCUGAAAAUGAUACUGAAACUUAUCCCGAUAUCAAAAUUUCUAAAACUUCUCAAUUUGGUAAUAUCGAACAAUUUACAAUCGUUAAAAAUGCUGAUUAA